CAGGGCUCUGCUUGCCGUACAUGGCUAUCGGAUAAAAGAGAACAGCAGAAAAGUUUACAGCUCAUGAAACUCUCAGAAUGAAUGGGACAGCUUAUUCAAACUUUGACAAUCAAGAACAUGUCUUGAAAUUAGGGGAGACGUUUGAGAAACACCCCAAAACCGGCUACCACACAGUGCGAUAUGACUUCAAACCAGCCUCCAUUGACACGACAUGUGAAGGGGAGCUUGAAGUGGGCAAAGGAGAGCAAGUCACUAUUACUUUACCCAAUUUAGAGGGUUCAAGUGCUCCAGUAACAGUCUUCAAAGGGUCCAAGAGGCCAUACAUGAAAGAGUGUAUCCUCAUUGUGAACCAUGACACAGGAGAGUACAGACUGGAAAAGCUCAACAGCAAUAUAGCUGUAAAGAAGACCAGGGCUGAGGGCAGCAGUAAGAUCCAUUCUCGCCUGGAGCAACAGACCAGUCGUCUGAGCCAGCAGAUGAGGGGUAACAAUAACAACAGCAGUAGCAAGACCUCAGCCAGCUCCAAGAGUUCUCCUCCCAAAGAGAAGACGUCCCCAGCAUCUCCCAUGGACGACAUUGAGAGAGAGUUGAUGGCAGAGGCGCAGGUCAUGGACCAGCUAAGCAGCGGCGACAGCUCGUCAGACUCCAACAGCUCCUCGUCCUCCAGCAGUGACGACAGCUCCAGCAGCAGUGACUCUGAAGACGAACAGACCAGGAGGCAACCCCCGGCCCCGGCUCCGGCUAACCACAGCAUGCCUAUCAUCACCACCACUAGUGCCAACACCAACACCAACAGCCGUAGCCAUGAGAGUGGAGGAGGACUCAUGAACACACUCAAGAAUGACCUCCAGCUGAGUGAAUCAGGCAGUGAAAGUGACUGAACAACAUGAAGACGCUUGUGGACAUCAGGACGAAGAGUAAAAGAACCGGGUACAGACCUGUUAAGUGUCUUGCUUCCUUUAAUGUGGGACUGUCUUAUGUACAUAUCCACAAAUCUGCUAGCAAAUAUAAUUUUUGCUUCUCUGGCAACAAACUUUAGAUUAUACAUCACAUUUAUUGCUUCAUGAUCUUUUUUUUUCUUCUUUUUUUUUGCGUGUGAAGACUGUUAAGAGAUGCCUUAGUUCAGAGUGACAUGAUACAGUCAGUGUCGGAAGAAGCAGUAAAUUAUAACAAACUAUCUAAUGUUUUAUCUCACUUGAUGCACAUCUGUGGUUAAACCAACCAAGCAUAUCAAGGCAGAGUAACAGGUGGUGUUUUUGUAGUGUAGAUGGAUGUUUCUGCCCAAUAAGUCUAAAACCACCACUGGAGUUUUAGUUUCACAAUAUCAGGAACUUUUUGUGCGCUUUAAGUCAGAUGUUGGUUAAAAGUUGAAAGAAAUUCUAGGGUUUUUUUAUUUUUUUUUUGUAAAUGAGCCACACUGAUAUGACAGAUUAUUAUAUUAUAGAGUUUAUUGUAAAGUUAGAUGUUGAGCCUUUUCCUUUGGAUUACAGAAACCCAGCUGCAGGACUAUUUUCAUUUAAAGUGCAGGAAUAAAAAAAUUAAAAAAAAUUAGCUAGUGCUGGGUCAUCAAAAUGAUAAAAUAACAUCUAUCCUGUAUAUUUUUCUAUAUCGUUUCUAUCGUGAUGUUUUGAAAACCAGCAGCCAAACUGCGUUACUGCAAUUUCUACGCUGUUUGGACAACUCAUGUUUCUACGCUGUUUGGACGACUCUACAACUACUUUCUGAUGCUUUGCACGUGGGAGCGAAGCUGGCACAAACCAUACAGGCGCUGCUUUGCUUACAUGGAGUAUACAAAAAAUUGAUUACAUAUAGAGCAUUUAUUUAUUGUAUUAUUAGAAAACAGGCUAUAUUGUGAUAUAAAUCUUUGAGAUAUAAAAUGACCUAUAGCAGUAAAAGAUAUUUUCCAUAUGGCCCAGCCUUACCUUUGGCAUUACUCUGGGUACAAUGGAACAAGUUGAAAAUAACAUUGAUUGAUGUCUUAUCUCCUCAGAAAGUUGUAGCAAACGUUUUUCAUAAUUACUCACCCAGAAGUCACUGAUUAACAUCAUUAGUAGCUGGAAGUCCAAUACUCACUUUCCUUCACCUGCACCUGAGAAAUGAAUCUGGCAGAUAACCUCUAUCUGCUGUGACUUCAAGGGGCGAAGACGGGAGUAAUUAUUGAUUAUUGCAGCGUUAAUGAUUAAGGCAUUUCCAAAAACUUAAUUUAGUAUAAUUUAUUGUGAUAUUUCAGUAUACAAGUAGGUCUGAUUUCUGGCGAAGUAGUGCACUAGUUGACUCAGUGAGGGUCAUGCUUUGUAGCUUUAAACCUGCAAUACUUGAAUCUAAAUAUUUAUAUUUCAAAAUAUACUCGACCAACCGUGAAUUGCUUAAUAUAUUUUAUAUAUAUAUUAAUAGCCAAGUAAUUGGAAGUGCAAGUUAGUGUGAAUUGUAUUGCAUAAAACAAGCCGGAUGCUUUGAUGCUGCGCCUCGAUGUGAGUCUUAAAGAACUUCGUCUUCUGUGCCUUUUGUUAUGACAUAAGCUGCCUUCUUGUUUUGUCACAAGCACCCAUAUCAAGCUGCUGUUUAUGUCCCCUAACAUUUCUUUGGCAUCCCAGCUGACCGAUCCUGUGAGAGACUGAGAUGAAGAAGUCAAUAACAUGUUUUAGCCUUAAGGAGAGCGGUGGCCUCAGAGCGUCAUUUGUAAACCAUUUGAGAGUAAUUUCUUUGUAGAAAAAUAAAGAUUUUAAUAAGUU